AUGGAUAGAUUUCCGAAAAAAAAAAAACUUAAGUUAGAUACAGAUGAAGAGACGCAGGGUCUGAGGCACUCUGUUGAAGCUGCAGCCACUGCCAGUGAUGCUGCUUCGUCGAAAUUACCAAGAAAUGAUGGAAUUAACCCACAACUAAAAGUUCGUCAAUAUUGUGAAAACUACAUAGCUCUGGGAUUUACUUGGACUGGAAACCCAGACUGCUCUUCACCUUUGUGUACUGUUUCUGGGGAGAAGCUGGCUAAUAGUGCUAUGGCACCAGCCAAACUGAAACGACACUUAACGACUAAACAUCCAGAUUCGUCAGGCAAAAAUGAACAAUAUUUUAAAAGAGAAUUGGCAUUUAAUAAAAGGCAAGUUUCUAUGUUUGCCAAAAAGUUCAAGUUGAGUGACAAAGGACAAGAAGCAAGUUAUGCUGUGGCGGAGAUAGUUGCAAGAAAAAUGAAAUUUCAUACCAUCGCUGAAACUGUAAUUUUACCUGCAUGCCAGGAAAUAGUGAGGAUAAUGUUUGGAGAGGAUGCUGUAUCAGAGCUAAAUAAAAUUCCACUUUCUGACAACAUAAUAAAGUAUUGUGGAUUGAACUGGAAAAACUGUGUUGGUAUUUGUACAAAUGGUGCCCCUGCAAUGACAGGAUGUCUUAAAGGCUUUGUACCAAUCGCACAAAAACAAAAUCCAAAUAUUAUCCAUACUCAUUGUUUCAUUCAUAGAGAAGCACUAGUUGCUAAAAAUCUUGGACCUGAACUAAAAUCUGCAUUGGAUAUGGGAACUGAAAAAGCUGUGUACGAUGCCAAGCGAAUUUAG